AUGGAGGUUGCAGCCGACCUGCGUCCUGUUCUUGGUCCAGCACUCGUUCGUCUGGAUCCCAUGCGGAUCAAACAGUUGCAGUCACCGACCGUCUACAAAGCGAUUGAUGAUUUGGCCAAAUUAUCUGCCCAAUGUAUGCAACUUCGGGCACCGCUUACAUGUUGCGAGAAGUUGGUGAUGUCGGAUCAUACGCUGUACUUGAGUUGGGAAUACGAUCAGGAGAAGAAUGUUAGCCGACUCAUCGGGUUCGCAAAAGUUGGCAGGAAGAAGUUGUUUUUGUACGAUUCCGAUAUGCAAACAUAUGAAGGAGAGAUACUUCAUGUUUUCAUAUUGUUGUCUUGA